GUCGCCGGGGCGCCGUCCCCGCUGCGCCGCUCCGCCGGGUAGCCGGCUGAGGCUGCGGCCCCGCGCUCUGCGGCUCCCGCUCCGGCUCCUUCCGCGGCGGGCCGUGUGCCGCAGCCAUGUCCCGAAAGCAGGCGGCGAGGAGCCGGCCGGGCAGCGGCGGCCGCAGAGCCGAGGCGGAGCGCAAACGGGACGAGCGAGCGGCGCGCCGGGCGCUGGCCAAGGAGCGGCGGAACCGGCCCGAGCCGGGCGGCAGCAGCUGCGAGGAAGAGUUUGUCAGCUUCGCCAACCAGCUGCAGGCCCUGGGGCUGAAACUGCGGGAGGUGCCGGGGGACGGCAAUUGCCUAUUCAGAGCUCUGGGUGAUCAAUUGGAGGGUCAUUCUCGGAACCAUCUCAAACACCGACAGGAGACAGUUGACUACAUGAUAAGGCAGCGUGAAGAUUUUGAGCCCUUCGUGGAAGAUGAUGUUCCUUUUGAGAAGCAUGUGGCCAGUUUGGCAAAGCCUGGUACUUUUGCUGGCAAUGAUGCAAUUGUAGCCUUUGCAAGAAACCAUCAGUUGAAUGUGGUGAUCCAUCAGCUUAAUGCCCCUUUGUGGCAGAUUCGAGGUACGGACAAAAGCAGUGUGAGGGAGCUCCACAUCGCCUACCGUUACGGGGAACACUAUGACAGCGUCCGGAGGAUCAACGACAACUCAGAGGCGCCGGCACAUCUUCAGACCGAUUUCCAGAUGCUUCAUCAAGAUGGAGCAAAUAAAAAAGAAAAGAUCAAAACAAAAGGGGUCGACUUUGAAGAUGGCCCACGAGAUGAAGUGGAAGAUGCUGUCCAGAAAGUUGGCAAUGCGACUGGAUGCUCAGAUUUUAACCUAAUAGUCCAGAACCUGGAAGCUGAAAAUUAUAAUAUUGACUCUGCAAUAAUCGCCAUACUUCAGAUGAACCAGGGGGAAGGGAACAAUGCAGAGGAGAACCUUGAGCCCAGUGCCCAAGUGUCGAAGCAGUGUGACCCUUCAUUGGAGGAGGCAGGCAGCGGCUCCAGGCUCAUGGAAGGCCAGACAGAAAACGGUACAGCCCAGGCCAGACCUAGUGAAGAGAAAAGAGCAAAUAAAAGCCAGAUCCUAAAGGUCACAAACAGGCAGCGGAGGGAGCAGCAGAGGCUGGAGAAGAAGAGACGGCAGGAGGAGAGGCACCGGCACAAAGCCCUGGAGAGCAGGGACAGCCACAGAGACGCCGCCAGCAGGGGCGAAGCAGAUGCGAACACACAGGUCACCUUGGUGAAGACCUUUGCUGCCCUGAACAUCUGACUCUCGGGACCCAGAGGUGGAGGAUGAAUGCUGCGGCCCAGGGGGCCCAGCCAGGUGGCCUCUGACAGCGCCCACACACAAGCCCACGGGAGUCAGUGUCCUUCAAGCUGCCUCUUGUGUCUUGAGCUUUGUCAGUGUUUUAUUGGGUGACAGUAGGUAAAGCCAUCCGCCUUCUGGAAACACAAACAAAGUACUGAGUCCUCGGUGGGUCAUGGGGCAGAGGUGGCUUUGGAGCGAGGCUUUAUUUGCCCUGCAUUUCAGAACAUGGUGAUUCUAGGCUCUUCCUUGACGUGUGGCGUGGGUUUGCUGUAAUUAUUCUUGAAGUCGUUUAGCACAAUCAUUAGAAAUCCAGUGACAACUUC